UGUUCGAAAUUUUUUUGACUAAUUUCUACCUAACAGCUCUUCCUCGACACCCCGACAAUGUCGCCUGGAAAACUCGAGGACUCCUCAGCUUACUACCAACCUCUCCCCCAAUCCACAAACCCUAACCCUAACCUUCAAAACUACGUCGUUUUGCCAAUCUACAUCCCCGUCCCUCACCGCCUCAACUACCGCCGGAUUUUCACCUCCGCUGCCGCGCUCCUCCUCAUCUCCGCUGCCGUGUACGUCCUCUGGCCGUCCGAUCCCGAUCUCUCCGUCGUUCGUCUCCGUCUCUCGGAAUUCAACGCCCAUGCCUUCCCGCGCGUCUCGCUCGACAUCGCGCUCGAUCUCACAGUCAAGGUGCGCAAUCGUGACGUGUAUUCCUUGGUUUAUGACUCGUUGCUGGUGUCGAUUAUGUAUAGAGGGAGUCAGUUAGGGUUUGUGGAGUCGGAGGGAGGAGACAUUAGGGCGAGAGGCGCGUCGUAUGUGAAUGCAACGCUGCGGUUUGAUGGAAUUGAAGUUUUGUCGGAUGCGAUUUUGUUGAUUGAGGAUAUGGCGAGAGGUGUGAUUCCUAUCGAUACGGUUACGGAAGUUGAAGGCCGGCUUGGAUUCUUCUUCUUCGAGCUUCCACUUAAGACAAAAGUGUCAUGCGAAGUUGACAUAAACACCACCGACCAUACAAUUGAUCGGCAAAACUGUUACCCUCAGUGAGCCAUGCCGAAUUCACCUAACAGAAGCUCGCAAGCCCCACAACUGUCGAGCAAUUCAUGAAUGUGUAAUUUAAGUUCCUUGUCCCCUACUGUACCUAUGCUCGUUUUAUCAUGGAAACCAUUGUAUUUAUGUAGUAGAAUCACAGUAUCAGUUUACGUGCGGAAGAUGACAACUAGAUGAUGGUCAAAGCCAAUUCACUAAUCCCUUCGUUAAUGUACAAAUUAUCUCCAAAAUACAAUACAUUUAUUUCUUUAUUUUAAAUUAAAACAAGAUCAUGUAGGAGUUGGUCCCUUCGGUCGUA